AUGUUUGGUGAGGGUGUGGGGCUGGCGUCGCAAGGGUGCGCGUCUCGAACAAGACUAGCUCGCCAAGACAUUAUUUCUCGCUUAGGACUUUGGAGCCCACGCAUUGCUGAGGAAAAUGUAUUCGACAACUUCGAUACUCCAUCACCUCCGUCCCUCAACACAACCGCCAAAAUGACCAAGCGCACAAAGAAGGUCGGAAUCACCGGAAAGUACGGUACCCGUUACGGUGCCUCGCUCCGUAAGCAGGUCAAGAAGAUGGAGAUCACACAACACGCCCGCUACGUGUGCCAGUUCUGUGGAAAGAACUCCGUCAAGCGCACUGCUGUCGGUAUCUGGAACUGCCGAUCCUGCCGAAAGACGACUGCUGGAGGAGCCUACACGGUCUCAACCCCCGCUGCCGCCGCCACAAGGAGUUUUCGAGCGUGUUUCUCGGCAUCGGCAGCCAUUAUCCGAUUACAAUGGCUCUCUAGCAGCAUUCGGACGCCGGUCCUGUAA